CUAACCUACAACGGAAUGUUACCAUGCAUAGUCAUGCUCUUUAACUUCGCCAAUCACGAGGGGUGGUACAUUUUAACUUGCUCGUGUGACCGUUUCUAUUUGUUUGGGAUAUUGCCACAAUUGUGUUGUUACAGUCGCCGCACUUCAUGAGUGAAUAUCCAAUUGCCAAUUCUACCCCUCUGGCCGCUGCUACUGUCGUUUUUCUUCUCCCCAAUUCCGGUCAGACAAACAGAGACGGAGAUGGGUUCUUGGUCGAUCGCCAAUUUUCUCCACGUUUUACUACUCUUACCCACUUCUCUUUCUCUUUGUACCCUCCAUGGAGCUCCUGAUCCAACCCACUACCCAAAAGAGCUUCUGAGCGCAGCUCAGCAAGAUAAAAACUGGUUAUUAUCCGUAAGAAGGCAAAUCCAUGAAAACCCAGAACUCAAAUUCCAGGAGUACAACACCAGCGCUCUUCUGCGCAGAGAGCUCGACCCUCGGAUCCCUUACGAACACCCGAUUGCCCAAACCGGAAUUGUUGCGGAAAUCGGCUCCGGUUCGAGCCCUGUUGUUGCUCUUCGAGCCGACGUGGACUCUCUCCCGUUGCAAGAGCUUGUUGAGUGGGAGCACAAGUGUAAGGUUGAUGGGAAAAUGCACGGCUGUAGAUAUGAUGCUCACACCACCAUGUUUCUUGGUGCUGCUAAGUUGCUUAAUCAACGAAAAGAUUAACUCAAGGGAACUGUGAGACUUCUGUUUCAACCUGGUGAGGAGGGAGGCGCUGGGGCCUCUGAAAUGAUAAAUGGAGGUGCUUUUGGUGAAGCUGAAGCCAUAUCUGGGAUGCACGUUGAUUUUACAAUACUCACAGGAACUGUAGCGUCGGUUGCAGGGCCACACUUAGCUGCUGUUUCCAUGUUUGAAGCCAAAAUAGUCGGGAAAGGCGCUGCCGCAAAACCCCAUAGCUCUGCUGAUCCAGUACUUGCUGCCUCAUUUGCAAUUUUGCCGUUGCAACAGCUCAUCUCAAGAGAAACUGAUCCCAUCCAUAGCCAUUUUUCUGUGCUGAAUGUCCUAUCUGUUACUUAUGUUAGAGGUCGGACUGCAUCGAAUGUAAUUCCAUCGUAGGUUGAAUUUGGAGGCACUUUAAGGAGUCUUACAACUGAAGGCUUGUACCGACUCAGGAGGCAAUUGAAAGAGGUUGUUGAAGGACAGGCAGCCGUGCAUAGAUGUAACGCAUAUGUUGACACAAAAGAUGAAGAAUACCCACCAUUGCCUGCUGUUGUCAACGAUGAAAGCUUGCAUAUGCAGGCACAGAGGGUCGGAAAACUUUUGCUUGGUCAUGAGAAUGUGAAGUUGUGCCGUAAAGUGAUGGCAGGUGAAGACUCUGCCUUCCAUCAGCAGUUGAUUCCUGGAAUCAUGCUUAGCAUUGGAAUUAGAAAUGAGGAAGCGGGUUCGGUUCACUCUCCGCACUCCCUCUUUCUUGAUGAGGAUGUCCUUCCAGUUGGGGCAGCAUCACACGCUGCUUUGGCGGAGAGUUAUUUGGACGAGCACCAGCAUUAUGCACACGUUGAAAUUUGAGAGCCAUUGGAGAAACCUUGAUGGUUGCAUACUGCUAGCCUUGUUAUGGUGAAAUUUCAGAAGUAGCUUUUGUGUAAUGAUACAGUUGUUUAUAAAUAACAUAGAAGAAGUAGCUUUUGUGUAAUAUGAAUCUGCAAAAUCCUAAACCCAAUCUUUGAGCCCAUGCAAACUCCCAAAGUAUACCCGAAUACAGUUACCAUGGAAGGAUCCAUGAUUAUAAGUUUCUGUGGUCAGAGGAUCCAUAAUUAUGUGGUUGUAUUUUGAAUCAUGGUGGUGUUCGGUUUAAUCAAGUUUGCUGACAUUUUAGGUCUUUUGUGGAAGGGAUUUUUCAGUGUAUUCGGAA